AUGAACCCCUAUACCCAAGGUGGAUGGCAACAGUCCCAGCAGCAGCAGCAGCAGCAGCAGAACUGGGCCACCGCGCCCUCCGUCUUCGGCGCACUCCCCUCGCUCCCAGUCACCACCACCCCGCCCCGCUCCAUCCAGCCCGACAGCGUCACGUUCCAGUUCUCCCAGUUCAACACCACCAUCCUCAACUGCCAGGUCGUCGGCCCCCAGAACCGCGUCGCGUACCGCAUCGUGACCGAGGCCACGACCCCGUCCUGCACGAUCUGGAAGGACAACGAGAGCCGGAACAUCGCCAUGGUCCAGUGGCAGCCGAACGCCACCCUCGAGAUUCGCGGCGUGACGCCCAAGCAGCGCAUCCGCGAAUGGCUCCGUCUCUCGCCUGAUCAGAGCCAACGCACGAUGGAAGUCCGCGGAGUCGUCUUCGCCUGGGCCCCCAUCGAAGGCUACAUUUGCCUGUACCGCACCCAGACGACCGCGCCCAAGGUGCUCGCGCGCGUCGCGAGGGCCCCGACGAUGGUCAUCCUCGAGCUCACCCAGGAGGCGAUGCAGAUGGGCCUUCUCGAGCCCUGCCUCGUCGCCACCGUCCUCUUCGUCUGCGGCCACAACAUCGACUGA